AUGAUGUCACAAAUGCCAGAUCCAUGCCAACAUCACGCAUGUCCCGCCAUCCGAACUGCAUCAAAUGACCUCACCAUGGCCUUUUUCAGUAUGGUAAUCGAUGUCAUUGGAAGAAUUGUACCAGCAGCAUUUAACGGUCAUAAAUUCAUCUUGGUGGCCAUGGAUUACUUCACGAAAUGGGUAGAAGCUGCUUCUUACGCCACGCUGACCGCAGUUCAAGUUGCACACUUUAUCAAGCAAAACGUCAUUUACCGAUACGGAGUCCCUCAGGCGUUUGUAUCUGACAAUGGGGUUUAUUUCAAGGGAAGAGCCAGGGAAGUUUUGGAUGAGUUCUAG